CGAAACUGAAACAGAAGUCGUCGCUUCCGUAUUGCGAAAAAGCAGUUGAACAUUUCGGCAAUGACGCAUCUUGAAAAUACUAUUGUGUAAGAUCAGGGGAUCCCAGUAAACAGAGUGUGUUUGGCUAAAAUGAGUUCGUGUGAAAAAGAGGACCAUGAUUGUGAGCCUCAGAGCCCACAGACACACAGACCUCCAUCUCCAGUGCCCAGCUGUGUGUCAAUGAAGAGUGAUCGGUCCAUGGAUAUUAUUCCCGACUUCAGCAGUGAACCAGUUCCAUCAGGUCUAAACCCACAGACACACAGACCUCCAUCUCCAGUGCCCAGCUGUGUGUCCAUGAAGAGUGAUCGGUCCAUGGAUAUUAUUCCCGACUUCAGCAGUGAACCAGUUCCAUCAGGUCUAAACCCACAGACACACAGACCUCCAUCUCCAGUGCCCAGCUGUGUGUCCAUGAAGAGUGAUCGGUCCAUGGAUAUUAUUCCCGACUUCAGCAGUGAACCAGUUCCAUCAGGUCUAAACCCACAGACACACAGACCUCCAUCUCCAGUGCCCAGCUGUGUGUCCAUGAAGAGUGAUCGGUCCAUGGAUAUUAUUCUCGACUUCAGCAGUGAACCAGUUCCAUCAGGUCUAAAAUUAAGUGCUGAUCUGACCCAGGAUCAGUCCAGGUGUGGAGUGUGUGAGCAGGUACUGAGGGACCCAGUCAUCACCACCUGUGGACACAGUUUCUGCAGGCAGUGCAUCAGCAGCGACUGGGAGCAGCCUGGACUACCAGGAGACCAAGUCUGUCCCCAGUGUGGAAAGACAUGCAGAACCCAACCUCCUCUACAGCCUCCUCUAGAUGAACACACAGAUAUGAGCACACAGGGUGAACACACAGGCCUGAUCAACAGCAGAAGACACCUGCACGCUGAACAUACACCAGGCAGAAAGAGGGAACUAGAUGAGGACCUGAGGAGAGUUAUAAAGAAUCACAAAGUCAGUCUGAAGAGGAGGUUUGAGAACAUAUCUGAAGGCAUCAUCAAACCAGGAGCUGAGAUUCUCCUCAAUAAGAUCUACACAGAGCUCUACAUCACAGAGGGAGAGAGUGAAGGGGUGAAUAAGGAGCAUGAGGUUUGGCAGGUAGAGUCAGCAUCCAGAUCUCAAAACACAGAAGACACACCAAUCAACUGCAAUGACAUAUUCAAGCCCUUACCUGGACAGAAGAAGCAAAUCAGAACUGUAAUGACCAAAGGUGUCGCUGGAAUUGGAAAAACAGUCUCAGUGCAAAAGUUCAUUCUUGAUUGGACAGAUGGGGUAGCCAAUCAAGAUAUAGAUUUUAUGCUCCCCCUUUCUUUCCGUGAGCUUAAUUUAGUCAAGGGUGAUCAGUACAGUCUUCACAGGCUCCUGCUGGACUUCCACCCUGAGCUGAAGGAGCUGAAUGAUGGUGAGGGAUACAAAGACUGUCAGGUUGUGUUCAUCUUUGAUGGUUUGGAUGAGAGUCGGUUGACUCUGAAUCUGGAACAAAACAGUAAGUUGUCUGAUGUGAAACAAACAUCAUCAGUGGAUGUUCUGAUGACGAGCCUCAUUCAGGGAACUCUGCUUCCCUCUGCACUCAUCUGGAUAACCUCACGACCAGCAGCAGCCAGUCAGAUUCCAGCUCAGUACAUCAACCAGGUAACAGAAGUACGAGGAUUCAAUGACCCACAGAAGGAAGAAUACUUCAGGAAGAGAAUCGGUGAUGAUAGUCAGGCCAACAGAAUCAUCUCCCACAUUAAAGCAUCCAGGAGUCUCCACAUCAUGUGCCACAUUCCAGUCUUCUGUUGGAUUGCAGCCACUGUACUUGAGCAGAUUAUGAAAAAGAAAAACAUUAAAGACAUUCCCAAAACGCUGACAGAGAUGUUCAUACAAUUCUUGCUCAUCCAGACCACCAGGAAGGAUCAGAAAUAUCAGAGUGAAACUAAAGCAAAUCAAGCGAAAGUUCUGGAAUCUCAGAGAGAGAUUUUACUGAAGCUGGCAGAACUGGCUUUCAGGAGUUUGGACAAUGGAAAUCUGAUGUUUUAUGAAGAAGACCUGCAAGAGUGUGGCAUUGAUGUCAGUGAAGCCUCAGUGUACUCUGGCAUGUGUACUGAGAUCUUCAAGACAGAAUCUGUGUUUCACCAGAAGAAGGUCUACUGCUUUGUGCAUCUGAGUGUCCAGGAGUUUCUGGCAGCUUUGUAUGUGUUUCACUCUUAUGUGACUGAGAACCUUGCGGCACUGACAUCCCUUAUCAGUGACGAACACAGACAGAGAGAUGAUCCCAACCCCUCGAUUUUAUCAUCUCUUCAAGCAGUGCUGGGCUUACAAUCACAGGAUCAUCUACAUGUGCUGCUCAAGAGUGCAGUGGAUGAGGCUUUGAAGAGCAGCAAUGGACACCUGGAUCUCUUCCUUCGCUUCCUUAUGGGCAUCUCUCUGGAGAGCAAUCAGAGACUUUUAAAAGGUCUACUGAACCAAACAUACAGCACCUCAAAGAGUAUUAAAGAAACAUGUCAGUAUAUGAAGGAGCUGAACAGAGAAGAUCUCUCUCCUGAACGAUGCAUCAAUCUUUUCCACUGCUUAUUUGAAAUGAAUGAUCAUUCUAUGCACAAAGAAAUUCAGAAAUUCCUGUCAUCACCAAAGAACAUCAAACAGAAGUUGUCUCCUGCCCACUGUUCAGCACUGGCCCACAUGCUUCUGAUGUCUGAGGAUGUGCUGGAAGAGUUUGACCUGAAGAAAUACAACACAUCAGAUGAGGGACGCAGGAGACUGAUCCCAGCUGUGAGGUGCUGCAGAAAGGCACGGCUCUUUGAAUGCAGACUCUCAGAGAAGUCCUGUGGAAUUGUGGGUACUGUUCUACAGUCACCAAACUCCCUGACAGAGCUGGACCUGAAUCACAACGACCUGGGGGAUUCUGGAGUUCAGCUUCUCUCUAAGGGACUGUCUAGUCCUAACUGCAAACUGCAGACAUUAAGACUUGCUGAAUGCAAACUCUCAGAGAACGCCUGUGGAGUUGUGGCUGCUGUUCUACAGUCACCAAACUCCCUGACAGAGCUGGACCUGAAUCACAACGACCUGGGGGAUUCUGGAGUUCAGCUUCUCUCUAAGGGACUGUCUAGUCCUAACUGCAAACUGCAGACAUUAAGACUCAGCAAGUGUGGUGUGUCAGAUGAAGGUUAUGUUUGUCUGUCUCUGGCUCUAAUGAUAAACCCCUCCUGUGUGAAGGAGCUGUACGUGAACAACAAUCAUUCUGGAGGAUCAGCACAGAAGCUGUUAUCUGCUACACUGGAGGAUCCUCACCGCAAAGUUGAAACACUUCAAUUUGCUGACUGUAAACUCUCAGAUAAAUCCUGUGAGAUUGUUGCUUCAGUUCUACAAUCAGCAAACUCCCUACUACAGCUGGACUUGAGUGACAAUGACCUGGGGGAUUCUGGAGUUCAGCUUCUCUCAAAAGGACUGUCCAGUUUUAACUGCAAAAUACACACAUUAAGACUUGCUGAAUGCAAACUCUCAGAGAAGUCCUGUGGAAUUGUGGCUGCUGUUCUACAGUCACCAAACUCCCUGACAGAGCUGGACCUAAGUCACAAUGACCUGGGGGAUUCUGGAGUUCAGCUUCUCUCUAAGGGACUGUCUAGUCCUAACUGCAAACUGCAGACAUUAAGAUUUGCUGACUGUAAACUCUCAGAUAAAUCCUGUGAGAUUGUUGCUUCAGUUCUACAAUCAGCAAACUCCCUACUACAGCUGGACUUGAGUGACAAUGACCUGGGGGAUUCUGGAGUUCAGCUUCUCUCAAAAGGACUGUCCAGUUUUAACUGCAAAAUACACACAUUAAGACUUGCUGAAUGCAAACUCUCAGAGAAGUCCUGUGGAAUUGUGGCUGCUGUUCUACAGUCACCAAACUCCCUGACAGAGCUGGACCUAAGUCACAAUGACCUGGGGGAUUCUGGAGUUCAGCUUCUCUCUAAGGGACUGUCUAGUCCUAACCGCAAACUGCAGACAUUAAGACUUGCUGAAUGCAAACUCUCAGAGAAGUCCUGUGGAAUUGUGGCUGCUGUUCUACAGUCACCAAACUCCCUGACAGAGCUGGACCUGAAUCACAACGACCUGGGGGAUUCUGGAGUUCAGCUUCUCUCUAAGGGACUGUCUAGUCCUAACUGCAAACUGCAGACAUUAAGACUCAGCAAGUGUGGUGUGUCAGAUGAAGGUUAUGUUUGUCUGUCUCUGGCUCUAAUGAUAAACCCCUCCUGUGUGAAGGAGCUGUACGUGAACAACAAUCAUUCUGGAGGAUCAGCACAGAAGCUGUUAUCUGCUACACUGGAGGAUCCUCACCGCAAAGUUGAAACACUUCAAUUUGCUGACUGUAAACUCACAGAUAAAUCCUGUGAGAUUGUUGCUUCAGUUCUACAGUCACCAAACUCCCUGCUACAGCUGGAUUUGAGUGACAAUGACCUGGGGGAUUCUGGAGUUCAGCUUCUCUCAAAAGGACUGUCCAGUUUUAACUGCAAAAUACACACAUUAAGACUUGCUGAAUGCAAACUCUCAGAGAACGCCUGUGGAGUUGUGGCUGCUGUUCUACAGUCACCAAACUCCCUGACAGAGCUGGACCUGAGUCACAAUGACCUGGGGGAUUCUGGAGUUCAGCUUCUCUCUAAGGGACUGUCUAGUCCUAACUGCAAACUGCAGACAUUAAGACUUGCUGAAUGCAAACUCUCAGAGAAGUCCUGUGGAAUUGUGGCUGCUGUUCUACAGUCACCAAACUCCCUGACAGAGCUGGACCUAAGUCACAAUGACCUGGGGGAUUCUGGAGUUCAGCUUCUCUCUAAGGGACUGUCUAGUCCUAACUGCAAACUGCAGACAUUAAGAUUUGCUGACUGUAAACUCACAGAUAAAUCCUGUGAGAUUGUUGCUUCAGUUCUACAGUCACCAAACUCCCUACUACAGCUGGACUUGAGUGACAAUGACCUGGGGGAUUCUGGAGUUCAGCUUCUCUCAAAAGGACUGUCCAGUUUUAACUGCAAAAUACACACAUUAAGACUUGCUGAAUGCAAACUCUCAGAGAACGCCUGUGGAGUUGUGGCUGCUGUUCUACAGUCACCAAACUCCCUGACAGAGCUGGACCUGAAUCACAACGACCUGGGGGAUUCUGGAGUUCAGCUUCUCUCUAAGGGACUGUCUAGUCCUAACUGCAAACUGCAGACAUUAAGACUUGCUGAAUGCAAACUCUCAGAGAACGCCUGUGGAGUUGUGGCUGCUGUUCUACAGUCACCAAACUCCCUGACAGAGCUGGACCUGAGUCACAAUGACCUGGGGGAUUCUGGAGUUCAGCUUCUCUCUAAGGGACUGUCUAGUCCUAACUGCAAACUGCAGACAUUAAGACUUGCUGAAUGCAAACUCUCAGAGAAGUCCUGUGGAAUUGUGGCUGCUGUUCUACAGUCACCAAACUCCCUGACAGAGCUGGACCUAAGUCACAAUGACCUGGGGGAUUCUGGAGUUCAGCUUCUCUCUAAGGGACUGUCUAGUCCUAACUGCAAACUGCAGACAUUAAGAUUUGCUGACUGUAAACUCACAGAUAAAUCCUGUGAGAUUGUUGCUUCAGUUCUACAGUCACCAAACUCCCUACUACAGCUGGACUUGAGUGACAAUGACCUGGGGGAUUCUGGAGUUCAGCUUCUCUCAAAAGGACUGUCCAGUUUUAACUGCAAAAUACACACAUUAAGACUUGCUGAAUGCAAACUCUCAGAGAAGUCCUGUGGAAUUGUGGCUGCUGUUCUACAGUCACCAAACUCCCUGACAGAGCUGGACCUGAAUCACAACGACCUGGGGGAUUCUGGAGUUCAGCUUCUCUCUAAGGGACUGUCUAGUCCUAACUGCAAACUGCAGACAUUAAGAUUUGCUGACUGUAAACUCUCAGAUAAAUCCUGUGAGAUUGUUGCUUCAGUUCUACAAUCAGCAAACUCCCUACUACAGCUGGACUUGAGUGACAAUGACCUGGGGGAUUCUGGAGUUCAGCUUCUCUCAAAAGGACUGUCCAGUUUUAACUGCAAAAUACACACAUUAAGACUUGCUGAAUGCAAACUCUCAGAGAAGUCCUGUGGAAUUGUGGCUGCUGUUCUACAGUCACCAAACUCCCUGACAGAGCUGGACCUAAGUCACAAUGACCUGGGGGAUUCUGGAGUUCAGCUUCUCUCUAAGGGACUGUCUAGUCCUAACCGCAAACUGCAGACAUUAAGAUUUGCUGACUGUAAACUCUCAGAUAAAUCCUGUGAGAUUGUUGCUUCAGUUCUACAAUCAGCAAACUCCCUACUACAGCUGGACUUGAGUGACAAUGACCUGGGGGAUUCUGGAGUUCAGCUUCUCUCAAAAGGACUGUCCAGUUUUAACUGCAAAAUACACACAUUAAGGCUCUCUGAUUGUCUCAUCUCAGAGAAGGGUUGUGGUUUUCUUGCUUCAGCUCUGUCUUCAAACCCCUCCCAUUUAAAACUGCUUGAUCUCAGCUACAAUAAUCCUGGAGAAUCAGGACUGAAGCUGUUAUCUGCUAGACUGGAGGAUCCUGUCUGUAAACUGGAGAUACUGAAAACUGACCAUGCUUCUUUAGACAGAGCACGACCACGUUUGCUGAGAUAUGUCUGUGAUCUCACACUGGACCCAAACACAGCAAACAGAAAUCUCUCUCUCUCUGAGGGGAACAGAAAGGUGACACGUGUGGAGAAGCAGCAGCCGUAUCCUGAACACCCAGAGAGAUUUGACUCCACAUGGCCUCAGGUGUUGUGUAGAGAGGGUCUGACUGGACGCUGCUACUGGGAGGCUGAGUGGAGUGUUGAUGGUGGAGCUCGUAUAUCUGUGGCCUAUAAAAGCACCGACAGGAAAGGGGACAGUGAUGACGUCAUAAUGGGACGGAAUGCCAAGUCCUGGAGUCUGUUCUGCUCUGCUGGUCUCAGUUACUCUGUCUGGCACAAUAAGAAAGACAAUGAUGAACGCACUGACAUACCUGCCCCCUCCUCCCGCUCCAGAACAGUAGGAGUUUACCUGGACUGGCCGGCCGGCACUCUGUCCUUCUACAGCGUCUCCACUGACACACUCACCCACCUGCACACGUUCCACUCCACAUUCACUGAGCCCCUCUAUCCAGGGUUUAGGGUUUAUUAUUAUGGCUCCUCAGUGUCCCUGCGCAAGAUCACAUGAGCUCGUCCUCCAACAGGUAGAGGUGGUGAAGUAGCCAG